AUGGUGCUUCAAGUAGAAAAUGGGGAACCCUUCAAUCACUACACUCUCAAGCACAUCAACAUUUUUAGGGGACCACAUAAUUUGCCAAAAAGCCUCACGAUUCCGACUGGGCCAUGUGGUCUCUCACUGCUGCCCAACACUAUUUAUCUCCUCAGCGGAAAAAUAAAUGGAACGGGCCUUUCGGCGACUCGUUGUGAUCAGCUAUUUAAUGUUGUUUCUCCGUAUUGGUUUGAGGUGAGCCCAAGCCUCGUAAAAGAGCUGAACAACUUGCAAUGCUCCAGC